CUGCGGGCUUUUUUUGCGGCUGUGGUAACUGAUCCAGUACACACAUCCCCUCAUUGACAGAUUUCUGAAAUGUCCUUCUUGAGACGCCGCUUUGGCGCCGCAGAGGACGACUCGUCGGUCGAAGUGUCGCGCGAAUCGUCGCCUGCGCCCACGCCUACGUCAGAUGAGCCGGCAGACUUGCGCCUCGUCACGGCGGAGCGGCUACAGGCGCUGAAGAAGAAAUCAAAGGACAAGCGCGGGAAGAGGAAGACGGCAUGGAUCUUUGGGCUGGGCGGGCUGUUCGGGCUGUGCGUUGCCGCCUUCUUCGUGGGCAGCAAUGAGAUGAUCGACUUGAAGGCCCUGCAGGACGUCAAUCUGGAGAGCGUGUGGGAGGCGCUUCCUACGGCGUUUAUACGGGAUGCGCAGAAGCUGCAGAAGCAAGAACGUGAGGCAGUUAACUACGACUCCUUCAUGGUUGGAUUGCAUGCUCGUAAACAAGGCAUCAAGGCCCAUCACCCCGUCAUCAUGAUUCCCGGCGUCAUCUCUACGGGUCUCGAGUCCUGGAGCACCGAGGAAGGGUCGAGGCAGUACUUCCGCAAGAGGCUUUGGGGCUCGUGGACCAUGAUGCGCGCCCUCGUGCUGGACAAGGCCGGCUGGAAGAAGCACAUCAUGCUGGACAAGGCUACAGGACUGGACCCACCUGGGGUGAAACUCAGAGCAGCCCAGGGCUUCGAUGCCGCAGACUUUUUUAUCACGGGUUAUUGGAUAUGGAACAAGAUCCUCGAGAACCUGGCCACCAUUGGAUACGAUCCGGGGAAUUCCUUCACCGCGGCGUACGACUGGCGCAUGACAUACAUGAACUACGAGAUCCGCGACCAGUACUUCACCCGCCUCAAGGCACACAUCGAAGUCGCAGUCCACGUGUCCAACAAGAAAGUCGUCCUCCUCUCGCACUCCAUGGGCUCGCAGGUCCUCUACUACUUCUUCCACUGGGUCGAGGCUAAAGGCUACGGUAACGGCGGCACCGGUUGGGUAGACAAGCACGUCGACUCGUGGAUCAACAUCAGCGGGUGCAUGCUGGGCGCGCUGAAAGACAUGCCCGCCGUACUCUCCGGCGAGAUGAAAGACACCGCCCAGCUCAACGCCUUCGCAGUCUACGGCCUCGAGCGCUUCCUCUCCCGCUACGAGCGCGCGGAGAUCUUCCGCGCCAUGCCGGGCCUCUCCUCCAUGCUGCCCAUCGGCGGCAACGCCGUCUGGGGCGACGCAACAUGGGCGCCCGACGACAAACCCAACCAAAACGUCUCCUACGGCAGCUUCAUCCGCUUCCGCGACGCAAACUCGUCCCUCACCCAGCGAAACCUCACCGUCGAAUCCAGCCUCCCCUUCCUCUUCCAGAACAGCGAGCAAUGGUUCAAAGACAUGAUCACAUCCUCGUACUCGUACGGCGUCGCCCACACGGCAAAAGACGUAGAGCGCAACCAGCGAAUCCCCGCUACGUGGAUGAAUCCCCUCGAGUCCCGGCUGCCGCUCGCCCCCAACUUUAAAAUCUACUGCUUCUACGGCGUGGGUAAAGAUACGGAACGCGCGUAUUAUUAUCGGUCUGAUGAGGAUCCGCUCAGUGGGCUGAAUGUCACGCUCGAUACGGCGUAUAUGGCGAAUGGCGUUGAUCAUGGCGUUGUGAUGGGUGAGGGCGAUGGGACGGUUAAUCUGCUGUCCAGUGGGUAUAUGUGUAAUCGUGGGUGGAAGAUUAAGAGGUAUAAUCCCGCGGGCGUGCAGGUUAAGACUUUUGAAAUGCUGCAUGAGCCGGAUCGGUUUAGUCCUCGUGGGGGGCCGAAUACUGCUGAUCAUGUGGAUAUCCUGGGCCGCUCGUCACUUAACGAUCUUAUUUUGCAGGUUGCUGGCGGGAGGGGCGAGCUUAUUGAGGAGACGGUUGUUUCGAAUAUUAGGGAGUAUGCGGAUAAGGUUAGGAUUUAUGAGGAGUGAGUGCGUGGGU